UAGUGUUAAAGACUAUAUUUAUCAGGACGCCUCACUGUGCAUGCUCGUCAUUUUAUGAACUACAUUCUCUAGAGCUAAAGACUGCAUUUAUCAGGACGCCUCACUGCGCAUGCUCGUCAUUUUAUGGACUACAUUCCGUAGCGUUAAAGACUAUAUUUAUCAGGACGCCUCACUGCGCAUGCUCGUCAUUUUAUGGACUACAUUCUGUAGCGCUAAAGACUACAUUUAUCAGGACGUCUCACUGCGCAUGCUCGUCAUUUUAUGGACUACAUUCUGUAGCGUUAAAGACUAUAUUUAUCAGGACGCCUCACUGCGCAUGCUCGUCAUUUUAUGGACUACACUGGGGAAGCGCGGCGAUUAGAACACUGAGCAGAAGAUCGGAAGCGAUAAGAACGUUGGAUGAGUGAAGAUGUCAUCUUUGAGAGUCAAGCCAGGGCAGAGGUUGACAAUGUUGGAUUGGCACACCAACAGCCACCUGAUCUCCAGCAACGCAGAGAGGCAGCGCUGGGGCUCACACUGUACCCGCCAGGAGGCACGCGGACUGCGCUAUGAGACCAGCAACAAGAGUAAAUGGGACGAGCAGGACACCUGCACACGUCUGUCUGACAGGAUUGACGAGGUGACCAAGUGGAAGGACAGUUUGCUAAAGUGUCUGGGUGACAUGGACACAGAAAUCAAGGCUCUGAGUAUAGUAAGUCUGCUCAGCAUUAAUUUCAGCUUCCUGCACUUGGGCCCCUGAUCAAGCAGAGGGUUU